AUGGCGACAAACAAGGGUGUUAAUGUUCCUGUUGAACCGGGCAAUGUUGACACAAAUGGAGGAGACGACACGGAGGCCAAGAAGUACGAGACAUUGGAAGAGAAGCAUGCGAGGCUACUUAAAAAGGCCAAUCAAGAUGAGAGAGAGGUAGGGGGCAAUGAAAAUGACAAAGAGAAACAGGGCAAUGAAAAUGACAGAGAUCCAGAACAAGAGGUGAUUGAGUGUGUAGAUGUAGAUGGUUUAGAAGAGAUAGAUGAUGAUGGAAUUGAAGAUUUACCUGAACAUAGGGAGGAAGGGGGAGAUAGUGAGGAUGACGUUGUUAGAGAAAUUGAUAAAGGGAAAAGAGUAUUGGUUAUGGAUGAGGAUGAAGAUAAAAGUGAGGAAGGGGGAGAUAGUGAGGAUGAAGAAGGUUCUGAUAGCGAGGAUUCGAAUUAUGUUGGAAAUAGUGCCAGCUCUGACACUGAGGAGAGUUUGGUGGAUGAUUUUGAAGUAUCUGAAAAUAGUGAAGAGGAAGAUGAGGAUAUGGGCCUUAAUGAAGAUUGUGAGCCUCCAGAUGAAAGAGUUGGGCUUAGCGUGUUGGAGGGCUUGGGAGACCAGCCUUUCUUUAUGUUAGGCAUGACUUUCUUAGACCUAAAUGAGCUUAGGAGCGCCAUAGACAGCUAUGCUAUUUCGAAAGGGGUUAAUAUCAAAAUUAUUAGAAGUGAGAAAAGGUUAUUAAAGGCAAUAUGUGAAGAGGGUUGCCCAUUCACCUUAUAUGCAUCGAGAGAUGGGAAUAAUGUGGGCUACAAGGUGAAGACAUUGUGCAAUGAGCACAGGUGUUGUAGGGUUUUCAAGAACCCUAGGGCAAGUGUGAAGUGGCUAGCUGAACACUUCAAGGAGAAAAUACAGGAGAGACCUAAUUACAGCAUAUGUGAAAUGAAGAAUGAUGUUGAGCGUGAGUUGAAGGUCCACGUGAGCUUACAUAAGUGCAAGAGGGCAAAGAGGAGAAUAAUACAACACAUGGAUGGGAGCUUCGUAGAUGAAUUCUCCAAGUUAGAAGCUUACUGCAAUGAACUGAAAGUGUCAAAUCUUGGGUCAGAUAUUAGUAUGGAGAUAAGUAACGAGGCUUUGGAACAAGGGAGAAGAGUUUUUAGAAGAAUGUAUUUGUGUUUUAAUGCAGCAAAGGUUAGUUGGAAAGUUGGGUGUAGACCAUUGAUUGGAGUUGAUGGAACAUUUCUAAAAGGUAAAGUUAGAGGGAUUCUGUUAACUGCUGUUGGUUUAGAUGCUAACGACUCAUUGUACCCGUUAGCAUUUGCUUUGGUUGAUAAAGAGAAUGGUAUGAAUUGGAGUUGGUUCAUUCAGUGGCUUAGAAUAUCACUUGAUCUUCACAAUGGUGGCAAAGUAACUUUCAUGUUAGACAUACAGAAGGGAUUACAACAUGCUGUGACAGAGAUACUUCCAGAGGCCAAGCAUAGACUUUGUGCAAGGCAUAUUUAUGCUAACUGGAGCACAAGGUGGAGAGGAAACGAGAUGAAGAAAAAAAUUUUCUCUUGUGCUUGGAGUACGUUUGAAGAACAAUUCAAAGACAAUCUCAAAGCACUUGGAGCACUUAACAAAGAGGCAGCUGAAGCAAUGGUGUCAUACCCUAUACCUGCUUGGGCACCUCCCUCAAAUAAGCCUCGACCUGGUAGAAGGAGGAAAACAGCCAACCAAGGCACAACACAGCAACCAUCCAAUCCCACUUCACCUUCACAGCAACCACAUAGUCCACCUACACAACAACCACCCCCUCCACCUUCACAGCAACCACCCAAUUCCACUUUACCCUCCUAA